UGGAAAUCAUUAUGAAAAACGGAAGCACCGCUGGAAAUAGCACACAUUGCCGAAAACCUCCAGGGAGCAGCGACCAGAGCAAGCCCAGCUGCGGGAAGGAGGGCACUUCUGGUGCUGGUGAAGGCGGGAAAGUCUACACGAAAGACCAAGUAGAGGGCGUACUCAGCAUAAACAAAUGUAAGAAUUACUAUGAAGUCCUUGGAGUCACAAAAGAUGCUGGUGAUGAAGAUUUGAAAAAAGCUUAUAGAAAGCUUGCUUUGAAGUUUCAUCCAGACAAAAACCACGCCCCUGGAGCCACGGAUGCUUUCAAAAAGAUUGGAAAUGCUUACGCCGUUUUAAGCAAUCCAGAGAAACGAAAACAGUAUGACCUCACAGGUAGCGAAGAGCAAGCUUGUAAUCCCCAGAACAACGGCAGGUUCAAUUUCCACCGAGGCUGUGAAGCUGACAUAACUCCGGAAGACCUGUUCAAUAUCUUCUUUGGCGGCGGAUUUCCUUCAGGUAGCGUACAUUCAUUUUCAAAUGGCCGGGCAGCGUACAGCCAUCAACAUCAGCACCGACACAGUGGGCAUGAAAGAGAAGAAGAAAGAGGAGAUGGAGGCUUCUCUGUGUUCAUUCAGCUCAUGCCCAUCAUCGUGUUGAUCCUUGUGUCCUUGUUAAGCCAGCUGAUGGUCUCGAAUCCUCCGUAUUCCUUAUACCCCAGAUCUGGCUCAGGACAAACUAUUAAAAUGCAGACAGAAAACUUGGGUGUUGUUUAUUACGUCAGUAAGGACUUUAAAAGCGAAUAUAAAGGAACACUAUUACAAAAGGUAGAGAAGAGCGUGGAAGAGGAUUACGUGACUAACAUUCGGAAUAACUGCUGGAAAGAAAGACAGCAGAAAACAGAUAUGCAGUAUGCAGCAAAAGUGUACCGUGAUGAAAGGCUGCGGAGGAAGGCAGACGCCCUGAGCAUGGACAACUGCAAAGAGCUGGAACGGCUGACCAGUCUCUACAAGGGGGGAUAAUCCGGGAGUCCCGCCUGCUCCUUUUCGUGUACUCUGUCUUUUCUGUAAAUGUCAUGUCGCCAUGAAGCCGAAGAAGAUUUGAUUAAAGACUAAGCUGAGUAGUUGCUUCCUGACAUCUCGGACUGUUAAUGAUCUACUGGCUCAUUUCAAUAGUAAGAACUGAGAACUAAGUAUUUUAGUAUGCUUCUGCAAUUACUUUAACUUUAAAAUCUUAUAUGAUUCCUUACGAAGUCUGGAGAGGAUUAUCACACCUGUAGCAAUUGCCAGUUUUGUGAUUCUCCAUUAUUCCUUUGCCAUGUAAAUAUUUUUAGGAUGAUUUUUGUAUACAUAUGAGCGCUUGCCUUUUAUUUAAAUGAUGUUAGUGUUUAGCUCCAUGAGACACUUCCUUCAGGCUGACAGAAUGAACACAGUCACAUUUCCCAUUAGGUGUUUGGGUGUGUGCAGUUUAAACUGAGAAAAUUUUUCAAAAAAAAAAACUUUAUGUACAAUCUUAUAUGAGUGUAGAAGGAAUUGACAUUUUUAAUAUUGUUCUUAUAUUCCAGAAUACGUAAUGACGUAAGUGAACUGGUGUUGACUUAUCAGUAUGCUCUUUAGUUUUAUGAAUUGCUAAGCCAUACGUAGGAAUGAAAUGCUAUAAGAUAGAUUUUAACAAAAAUACGAUGAUAAAUAUUACGCUGAGCGAGUUUUCAAUGGUAAGUUGCAGUUAUGCCAUUCACAAUUCCAGUAAUUAAAAGUUAGCCCCAAAUGUUCAUUUAUCUGUCUUUCAAGGCUACUGAAGCUUAUGAAACAAAAGAUGAACUUUGUUCCUGUGGAAAUUCAGUUUCAUGGAGAUAACUGAAGCAAGACCCCCAAAGCAAAUGGAUUCUUCUACAAAUAAGUAAUAACAAAAUGACCACUAACACCCAGCUUUGUGCCUUUCCGACUGCGGCUGGCUUACUUGACAGCAUGGUGUGUUGGGUCACAGUAGCCCUAUGCAGAGAUAGAGCAGUACCUAGUGCAGUGAUUGACAGCAAGCAUAGAGCAGUGAUUGAUGGCAAGCAGCUAGAGCAGUGAUUGGCAGCAAGCCAUCAGAGCAUGCUGCACUCCACCACCCAGGCCACUCAUCAGGUCUUUAGAAUAAGUUCCUUGUAACAAAAUCUGUAAAGUGGGGAAAUACAGCUGAGACUUGAGGCUUUGCUGCUUAUUGAGUUUGGCGUGACUUCUGGUCUUGUAUGUUUAAUGGUAGUAAUGGCUUAAGGGUUCUGCUUCAUACAGUUAAAGGAUUACAAACA